CGUGUUAGAAAAACUUUAAUGGCGCAGGAAUGAUUUCCGGUGGAAUAACCUUAUAAAUUGAAGAAUUAGCCAGAUAUGAGAGUAAUUCAUCGCGUAAAUUAGAAUUUAAAUGUCCAGUCAAAGUAACGGACGCUUUGUGUCUUUACCAGACAGCGAAAAUGAUUCAAAGGUAAGAAUAUCGUCGUGCUAAUAACACGUCUUUGAUCUUGCCUUGCUUUGUUUAUAGAUGUAUUUUGUUGAGUGGUGUUGAUUUAAUUUCUGGCGUGACUCAUCAUUAUUUUAUUUCUAGGUCAUAACAAAGGAAGAUGUUAGUCUUUCAAGACUGAUAAAGCCGUCACCUCUACAAAAAAGACUAGGUUAGCCGGGCAUUUUCGUAAAUUAAGACUUAACCUUAUUAAUUUCGAUUCGUAUUUAGAAUGAUCCUUUUUGGGGAGUGUUGCAAUAGAUUAAAAUUUUAUCUAUCGCAGGUCAUCCACCCUGUUUAAAUCCUAAUCUACGUCUUCUUUAUUUGACUUUAACAAAACCAAAAUAAGAAAAUUUUUGUGAGAACAAAAUUUCUUUUUAUUAUUUGAGCUUAUCAAAGCUCACUUAAGUGCUUCAUGUCGAGUGAUGAUGAAUUAUUUAAGCUUACAUACAGUUGUUUUAUGUAUACUGGAGUCAUAUAUUUUCAUGAAGCCAUCAUUUAUAUCGUAUUAUAAAAUAACUUUUUUGCAAACGUUUCCCUGCUGUUACUGAAACAAUUCUCGGGGCAGUAUUAAUUUUAUAUCUUAUUAUCUUUAAGAUGACUUCUCAAAUCUAGCCAAUGAGUUUUAAUCAGCCGAUAUUAAAGCUCAGUUGGGUAUUAUACAGAGUGGUGAAUGGCCACAGAACACCACACGACUCUGAAGUUUAGUUAUUAAGGUUAGAAAACUGGGUGAAUCAAUUUCCAGUGAGGGUUAUUAUAUUGGGCAAACUAAACUGGAACUUGACUCACUCAGUUUUCUAACCCGAUAAUUGCUGCACUUUAGUUAUUCACUGUGCAGAUUUAAGCCUUAUAAGCAUUGGCAGGGAAGGGGAAGUGAUCAUUCAGUAGUACGGUCACAUUAAUUCACAUUAAAUCUAAAAGAUGAUAAGAAUUUCAAGAUAUUCUUUGAGAAGCCACGAUCCUGUUGAAAUAAGCUGUUCAUUUUGCCAACAAGUUUUUGACAGUCAAAUGGCUUUUGUUACUUUUAGGGGACUGUCGCUCUAUAGAGGAAAUAAGCAAAAACAUUUCAGCAAAUAAUAUUUACCUGUGAUGUUUCAAAGAAUUGGGAUAUCAUUUUUCAACCCAAAAUUUGCAUUGUUGCACAUCAAAUUCCAAGCUGAUUAAAUAUGUCACUGUGAAUUUUCUUUACUUUUUGUUUGACAUGUAGAAGAACAGCUUCAAAAAUCAAGAAAAUCAACCACCUCAAAUGGAACUCUUCGAAAAGGACAUACAAAUGGGUAGGUUACAAGUUUACUGCACAAGGGGUUUAAGGCCAGAGGUAUGUUCAGAGAAUGUGAUUAAUUGACAGUAAUCUCUUGCUGGGGUUCCUAGAACAGUGUUAAUUUUUCCCCAAAAGUAUAGUCUGCGAACUGCAGAUGUUUCUCCUUGCUCAUUGCCACUGAGGGACAUUUCGUGCUCAGUGCCAAUGAGCGAGGAGAAACGUCUGCUGUUCGCAGGCUACCAAAAGUAAAUCUUGAGCUUGAGGUGUUUUGUGCUUUUACAUUUAAUUAUGAUCACGUGACAUUCCAUGUGACCAAAAAUUGAAAAUGAAGGAAAUUGGUGAAUUGGUGGCAAAUAAUUAUACUUUGUUUGGAUAAAUAAAUUGGAAAAAAUAAAUUGGUGUUUCUAAACAUGCAGUACCAAAGCUUGUACGUGUACAUACAUUGUAUGUGUGUUCUAAGAGGUUUUUUCGCAUGUAAACAUUCCAAAUUCCCUGAAGAUAAAAUGAAAUCUGCCUCAUUCUUAUUAUUCAUUAGACUUUGCAACAGAUGAGCAUUUUCAUAUGUAACUCAUUUAUUUUAUAACAACAUUUCCAGACCAGCAAGCCAUCAAGACUAUUUUAAAUCCCGUUGACUAUGUGUACUUGUCCUGAGGCAGACUCUAAUUUUCCGACUUUCUUGCUUUUAUUUUAAUAGGGUUUCGUCAAGCAAAAAUGGUACAAUAAGACAUAGUAGUAAUUCAGAUGAAAGACCUUUAUUUCAAAUAGAAUCUGACAGGUACUGUAAGUCAAAUGAAUACAAUGUUGCAGUGAUGUUAAUAGCUGAGAAGCUUAAGAAGUAAAAGUUAUUAAUUGACAGAAUUAUAGUAUUCUCUUCAGUCAUUAGUUAAUGAAUGACUAUAGUUAAUAAUUAUUCGGCUGGUUGUUUUGUUUUUUUUUAACAGUGACGAGGAGCUAAAUGUCACCCAUUUUACCAAGCCACCUAAUGUUUCUGUGACACAGAACUCUAAGGUAAUUGGAGGUAUUCAAAAUGGUAGCCCUGACUUCAAAAUUUGUUUUACAUCACAUUCAUUUGAACAAAUAAUUAAUUAUUGUUAUAUUCUUUUGCAUUCAACCUUUUUUUAUUAGCUUCCUCUAAUAUCACUGACAUCGACAAACACUUUUCUUUUCAUCUUAUUAGAAUCUCGCAGACUGUACACAGCAGCUUUUAAAAGAUGGAUACAGGUUAGAGUGGCUAUUAUUUAUGUGUAACUUGUGGAAAAAAUGUAUUAAAGUGAUCAUUUUCUGGUGUACAAAUGUAGUUAGUCCUAAAACUUAAAGUAUAAUAAUUAUGUCUUCACUGGCUAUUAAUACCUGAAACCACAAAUGCUGAGCCAUGCAUGAUCAUUGUAUCAGUUCCCAUUGUUUUAACAUUUGAUCAUGAGGUUGAAACUUGUAUACAACUUGUACUGUCUGUCCAAGGCUCGAAAGGAACUUUAAUUCCUACUUGUCCAGUGGUUGCACUUAUUGCUUGCCCAUAGCCACUUCCUGCUUAUCUUAGUCAAUGAGUUUUUUAGAGGAUGACCAGGCUGUAUCCUUACCCCAGUAAGAAAGUCUACUUGUCCAGGACAACUAGACUGCAUGGGACUUUUUUCUAGCCCUGUUGUAACUAAAACGUCAUGUAAAUAAUAAAUAAUUAUUGUAACUGUAUACUUAGCCUAGGUGGACCCUGACUUACUUUCUAAUGAUCAAAGAGAUAGGUUUCACUUUUUAAGGACGUGUGCAUGUUACAUCUUGGAUGCAGUCAUUGGGUUGGUUCAGUCAAUGAAAAUAAUUUAUUGCCACUUUUGUUUCCUAACUGACAACAGAAAGGCUCAAUUUCCAGGCAUCUUUUCCAGAAACAGUUGGAUCACUGGUCUGUGCUGCUUCCACCCUUUUUUAAUUUGUAGUGAUCCUUAGCCAUGUUGUGUCUUAAGAAACAUGCAAAAUGGCUGGUAAUCAACCCCUAAGAAACCACAGUGUGUAAUUUUUCUUGGUUGUGGUCCUAUUCAUUUUUGGAGAAAUGAUUUGUUUUUAUUCACAGACUAGAUGAAAUAUCUGAUGAAGAAGACUUAGAUCUUAUACCACCACGGCCUGUUGAUGAUAGAUGUCAAUGCUGUGGAGCUGUGACGUUGCAGGGCUGUGUCAUUUCCUGAUCAUCAUUUCAAAUUUAAGAGAAUUUUUUAAGAUAAUAAAGGAUGUAGUUUUAUAUUAAGAUUUGAAACACACAUAGCCAGUACUAGUGUAACAACCAUUCUCCACAAUUUUUAUUCGCUGUGUCCAAGUCUACACAGUUAAGAUUAUUCACACUUAAACUUCCUAUAAUUCUUUUUAUUUUAAAAAUUAUACCUGGUUCAAUAUUUGAUUAGCCUCAUACACAGAUUUUCUUUUGGCUCAUUAUGCCCUGCACGUGUGGGGAGGGUGUGUGUCCCAUACUGAAAAGAAGGGGAUGCAUUUCCAUCUUGGGUGUUCAGGAUAGAAAGCUAAUAUUUUUAACCAUAAAGGCAUCGCUUAACAUUACAUGUGAAAAAUUAUCUGUGUUAAACAAACGAAGUGUCAUCAUACUGCAGUGUUGAACAUAGCAUUUGAAGUCAACAUCUAACAAAAAGCCCUUUUUAGUGAUGCCUCCUUUAGAGAUCAAACAAUUGCCGAGUUACACCAAUGAUAAAUUCUAAUUUUCCAAGGAGCAUCCUGGUCACAUUCAUAUGGAAGUUGCCUCCCCUAGAUUAUGUACUCCUUCUCCAGAUUGGUGCAUGAUAGGCUCUUCUUCUCUUUAUUGUAAUGGUUACACUGGCUGUGAGGGGUCUGAGAACCAGAAAAGGUGAAAAGAAAGAGGAGGAGUCACUGUCACCCCUUUUCUCUCCCCAUUCUCCCACCUGUACUCGAAAACAGGACAGUGAUGCCUGCAGACGAGGCUAGGUUCAUGGGGAGCCAAGGGAAUGACCAUAUUUGACCAGGCAGUAAACCAAAAAAGAUAAGAGUGAGGUCUAAUUGGAGGUGGAAUGGAAUAAAUUUUAGUGUUUGAUCUUAGAACUCAUACCCAGAACUGAUGGCAAUUCAGUUAAAGAGGUUACAAGUUAUAGCUGGGUUUGAGUAGGCAUUUGAUGUACAGUUAGCUAGUCAGUAUGAUGUUCUCUGUAGUUAGCAAUAAUAGAGCAAAUUAAUCUUUUGAAAACUUAAACUGAUUGGUAGGUUCUCUGAAGAAGUUUAUACUGGGAGUUUCCAAAAACAAAACUGGGAAGAAAGAAUAAGAUGGUUUUUAAAAAAUUCCUUUAGAAAAUGUCUGUGACUGAUCGCGAUACUGGUGCCUCAGUUCCUCAGAAUUUACAAGUGGCUCAUUUUCAUCACAUGCUUUUGAGUUCCUUGAAAUGUUCUGAUUUCUUUUUUUUUAAAUACUUUUAUUCAUGUAAAUGCAGUUUUGGUUCUUUCCAUGACAGUAUAAAACUUUCACACUUCUUUCAGGGCUUUUAUUUGUUUUAUAAUGUCUGUUUGUUUAAUUUUGUUUUACUUUCUUGUUUGUUUGUUUUUCAGGCUGAGUUAUUAUUGGUUUAAAUUGAGAUCAAGUCAUUUUCCCUUGUCUACACUUAUAUAGUUCUUAUCAUUGAUGUCAUAAUUAUUGUUCAAAACUAAAGAAAAACAAUAGCAAAGUUUUGGACACUAAUAUUAUUAAUUAUUUUUUGAGUCACCAUUUUAGUUGUUUAUGAGCUAGAGUGUAGCCAAUUAGGAAAAUACUGGUGGG